AUUCGAAUGAUCCUACAACUUGGCAUGCAAACCAACUUAAAGAAUGGCUUGCCGAACAUGAAAUAACAUAUAAAGGAAUUCCUGAAAAACACGAUUUAAUUGAAUUGGUAAAAUCUAACUUUAAUUCAUCCUAUAAUAAUAACGAACCGAUAACUCAAUCCAACGCCGAGGCUAUUAGAUCUCAUGUUAGCAGUUUUAUCACUUAUAUUGGCGAAAGUUUAAAUUAUACUAAAGAGUUGACGGAAGAUGAGCUUAGUGAAUAUUCUCAAAAAAUUGCUGAUAAAAUUGAAAAUUUACGACGUUUGACUGGAUUGUCCGAAGAUCAAUUGUCCCCAAUAUUUGACGAAAUCAAUUCACAAUUAAAAUCAACUAAAACAAAUGUAAACAAAAACCUAACCAACGCAUUAAAUGAAAUCGAACAAUCAUAUAAUUUAGCUAAAGCAAGGAGAGACGUAUUAAUUCAAAAAUCAUCAAAUCGCAUUCAACAGGAUAUUCAUAAUUAUAAAAGCAUUAGUAAUGAUACAAUCGAAUGGUUUAAAAGUGAAUUUAAUCAAUCCACCAACAAUAUCGCAAAAGCCAGAGUUCUGCCACAACUUACACUUGUAAUACAUGGAAUUCAAGAAGAAUUGGUUAAUCGUAAUGUCUUGGUACAAGAAAAUCUUGAGGAACUCUCCGAAAAAUUGACAUCAGCAGUUAAAUCGACAUUGCCCUCUUAUGGGGAUUAUAAAAAAUCAUUUAUUAGUACCCUAAGUCAUAUUGGACAUGAGUUGACUAAAACAAUAGGUGGUUACAAAUUGCUAACACAAGAAAAAAUACAAAAUGCAUUAGAUAAUAUUAAUCAAAAAUAUUACGAUGGUAAAAGCUUGACAUUAGAACAAUAUAGGCACAUUAAAAAUAUAUUCAGUAAAUAUUUUAAUGGUUUACUCAGCUUUUUCAGUUCUGUUACAAAUAAAAUUAGGGGAAAAGGACGAGAAACAGUAGAGACAGUAGAUUAUAAUACUGAACGAUCGGUUAAUUAUAUUAAAAAUUAUUUUGAAGAUUUGAUUAAAAACCAAAAAAAUUAUAGAAAUCAAAAAAUUGAUCAAUUAUUGGAGGUUAUGAUUAAUCAAGUUUCUUCCACACAAAAAUUGACAAAUGAACAACUUGAGAUUUUAUUUGAAACAUUAAAAGAUAAACAAGGACCAUUCAAAAAUACCAAAAGUGUCAAAGAUGUUACCCAAGAUAAAAUCAAUGCAUACAUCACAUUAUUAAGGGAUAGAUUUAAGACACUUGGUGAAAAAAUCGGCGAUACAAAAGAUAAAGUUGGUGAAAAAAUUAUUGAUACAAAAGACCAAGUUAGCCAGAAGAUUUUUGAUACAAAAGAUCAAAUUACAAAGAAUGUAGAUGAUUAUAAAAAAGAAUUAUAA